AUGUUUAAUUUAUUAUUAUUCUUAUAAAUUACUUUCUGCUAGGAAAUCAGUUUAGAACGAAUAAAAUUCAAAGAGGCCAAUAUUUCAGAAUAAGUUACAAGCUAAAAUUAAAUUAAAUGCCCUUUGGAAUUAGAAAAUUAAGAAUUUAAUUCUAAUAAUCUAAAAGUGAUUUGCCAACAAUAUGAUUUGUUUUACAUGAUGAAAGUUAAUUUUACAUAAGGAAAAGAAGAUUUUGAAAUGUUUGUAAAUUGAAUCAUUUGAUGUAGAUUGAUUUAGUUAGUCCUUGGAGUUGGUAUAAGUCUCCAGAAUGUGAAUUCUAUGAUUAGGCUUCAAUUAAUGAAACAAUUAAAAAAUAAAGUUGUUGGGAUAAAAGUUAUAUUAAAUCUUAAAAGCUUGACUAAUCGUCAUAAAUAGAGACUUAAAUAAAUGCACAUAACUUUUCAUUAAAAGGAAAUCUGGUUACAUCUUAUAUUGCGAUAGAUAAAAAAUAAUUUUAAUUGGAAAUGCUUUAAGUUAAUUAAAUAUUUACAAAAAAAUUAUUUCCAUCUGAUGGAGCUAUUAGUAUGAGCCAUUUUCUAAAUUCUAAUGUAUCUGAUUUUAUUAUGCAAUUUUCUUAAAAUAAAAAGUCAAUAGUCUAAUUUGAUUUAUCCAUUUAUAAAUAAACAAUGUCAAUUAAAAAUGAUAUUGAAGAAAAGAUUAAUUUUGAAUUAAAUUGGAUAAAUAAUUCAAACAUUAAUUCACCUUAAUGGAAAUUUAAACUAGAUUAAAUCUCUAUUAUGAAUAAGUAGAUUUUAGAUGCAAAUAAUAAUUAUGAAGCUAUUUUAACAUUGAAUUCAUAAUUUAUUUCAUUUCCUAAAGAAAUAAUUGAUAAAUUUAUAGAAGAGUUAAAUAAACCUUCUCAAAAUAUUUCAUGUUGGUAUGCUGAUUCAGAAUUUUAUGUAAUUGGAUGCUCAGAUCCAAAAAAUGGAAAAGGUUUAGGUUUAAACAUGAUAUUAUCCAUAUAAAACAUCUAAAUAAAACUAACUAAUUUAAUAGGAACAUGUAAAAAAUAAGAAUGUUAAUUAAAAAUUAAAUGCUCAUCUUCAAAAACUAUCUUUUUAGGAGAACCAUUUUUUUUUUAAGAUAAACCAGUUCUUUUAAAUUAUGAGACAGGAUAGAUUGGAAUUUAUAAAGAAAAAUUAUAUAAUAAAUAAUAAGAUGAUUUGUAAUUUGAAAACUUAGGAACUUGGGUUGUAAUUUUAACAAUUAUACUGAUAUUGAUAUUUUGUUUAAUGAAUAUUAAACAUGCUGUAAAAUGGUUUAUAAGAGCAAUAAAAUAUAGAAAAGUAAUAAUUAUUUGAUAUUCUAUUUAGACUAAAAACUUUGAUGAUGAAUAAUAAUUGAGAAGUAAAGAAGUUGAAAUUAAUGAGAUGGAGAAGGCAGAAUAAAUGACUUAAUCAAUUGAAGAAAAUAGUAUUUGAAUAGUUCAAUUGAAAUAUUUGCC